CGCCGACUGAGCCACCGCAACACAAUGCUACCCCCACUGGAGCUGUGGCACGGGCGACACGUACAGUGAUGUCGGUGUCGCCGUCCCACGACCAUCCACGAGAUAUCGGGAGUUGUCGCCUUCACCCUCUCUCGGCACCACGCGACGCUGCUCGCACGCCCACCGGAUCUCGAGCUGCGCUGGAUCCUACCACCCCCAUGGGCUCGGGUUCGAGCUGGUCGCAAUGGCAGUGGCCUUUCUCUGCAGGACACUGCAAGGGCGGCGGAGGGGGAUGGGGACUGGGAGGGCCCCUGGUGGCGAAGGCCAUCGGGUGGAUCCUCUUCGUCGGCGUCUCCUUCCGUGUGCUCUGCUCCUUCUCCCCCUCCUCAUCGUCCCUGUCGCCGAAGAUUAAGGAAGGAAAAUGCAACCUCUUCAAUGGGGAAUGGAUACCAAAUCCCUCUGGCCCAGCCUAUACGAAUGCAAGCUGUCGAUUUAUUGAUGAUCACCAGAACUGCAUGAUGAAUGGUAGACCAGACAUCGGAUAUCUUCACUGGAGGUGGAAACCUUAUGAAUGUGGUUUGCCACCAUUUGAUGAAGUGAGAUUUCUAGGUGCUAUGAGGAACAAAGCAUGGGGCCUAAUUGGUGACUCCAUUCUUCGUAACCAAGUGCAGUCAUUGAUUUGCCUUCUGUCUAAGGCUGACGAACCUGUGGAGGUCUACCACGAUAAGGAAUUCAAAAAUAGGAGAUGGCACUUCCAAUCAUACAAUUUCACUGUGUCUAUCCUUUGGGCUCCCUUCCUUGUCAAAUCGGAGCUUUUUGAAAAUGAGAACGGCGACACCACCUCUGAAAUCCAGCUUCACAUUGACAUGCUUGACCCAAUGUGGACAAGUCAGUAUGAGAGCUUUGACUAUGUUGUCAUUGCUGGUGGACAGUGGUUUCUUAAGACUGCGGUGUACUGGGAGAAGGGCACGGUGAUAGGCUGUCAUCAUUGUCAGGACAAGAACCUAACCGAACUUGGCUUCGAGCACCUGUAUCGCAGGACUUUCCAGGAGCUUUUCAGGUUCAUCUCCUUGGCAGACCACAAGCCAGUUGUUCUCUUCAGGACUUGGGCACCUGAUCACUUCGAGAACGGUGAAUGGUCCAGUGGUGGAACUUGUAAAAGGGUGUUGCCUUACAAGAAUGGAGAGUACAGUGGGAAAGGCAUGGAACAUGUCAUGAGGGCGAUUGAACUUGAAGAGUUCAACAAGGCCAUAGCGGCGGCAAAUAGUUCAGGGGAUGUGGUGAGAUUGAAGCUAUUGGAUACUUAUAGCCUUUCGUCCAUGAGACCUGACGGCCAUGUUGGGCCUUACAGGAUGCCCUAUCCAUUUGCAGAGGGCAACGAGGAUGCCGCGUCAGUUCAGAACGAUUGCCUGCAUUGGUGUGUGCCAGGCCCCAUCGAUGCCUGGAACGAUCUGAUUAUGAAGAUGGUACUGAACUGAUGAAACCUCUAUAUGUGUAUUAUGAUGUUGUCUCCAUGCUGAGCGAGUUGCAGGGCUGGUAGUGAAGUUUGCCAAUAUCGAUUCAGGGUUUAGUUUUUAGUUUAGCUGGAAUUGAAAACAGUUUUGGCUACAUUGUGGAGGUGUAUACACCCUGACGUGCUCUCCUGCUGGUCGUGGUCUCUCGUUUCAAAUUACGAAACUUUGCUUUAUUCUCU